AUGGCAAAAUCUUACAUACCCUGUACCAAUUUGAAGACUGCCGGUCUUGUGGUCGCGGUCGUCGAGCUGAUUCUCUGCGCCCUCGCUGUUUAUGGUCUGUUCCGCAAUUGGCACCUAUUCGGCUCGUCGUACUUCGUCUGGUUCAUUCUAGGAAUAAUCUCGGUGAUCAUUAUUUUCAUCGCCAUCGCCUUAUUCGUCUAUGCGAUCAAGAGUGAGAACGCGAGAUGGCUGAUUCCGCACUUGUCCGCGCAGAUUUUCCUCGUCAUUUUCCUCAUCAUUGUAGCCUUCAUUGUCGCGAUUCUUUUGCUAUUCGGAGCAUAUCGCGGAAUCCGCAAUCUUCUCGGUGUCUCCAACUACUACAUGAGUGAUGAUGCAACAUUCCUUCUUGGAAUCAUGAUUAUUGUCAUUUAUUUGCUCGUCGCUCUCCUUGAAGUUUUCUUCUUGUAUAUCGUCUACAAGCUUUACAAACAUUUGUGCCAUUACGAAUCGAUUGCGACCGAGGAGAAUAGAGAAAAAUGGACGGUGGUUGGCGAUUUUCCCAAAGAUAAUAAGCACGGAUCACCAACAAUGGGCGACCAAUAUCCAUAUGGAGACGAGCGAAGAAAUGACCGAGUCAAUUACUUGUAA